AUGCCACCAAGUCACAUUUUAUUCGAGUCCUCAGCGGGAUAUCUCUUGCUGAAAUGCAAUAACGUUGAAGAAAUUGCUAGCAAAACUAAAGCAGUACAAGAGCAAAUUAACGACUACCACCAUUUCUCUAAGAUUGUAAACAUCGUUUCCAUCUACCCAUUCGCAGAUGCCGCAGAAGCUCUUCAAAAUGCGAACUCCGUCUCUGAGGGUGAACUCACUGAUCAAUUGAAAUCUCUCCUCGAGCAAAACCUUCCAAAGGGUUCGAAGUCUGGUGUCGUUCUUGGUGUAUCAGAUAAAGCUUUAGCAACUUCAAUCAAAUCUGAACUCAAAAUUGAAGGUGACGUCUCAGAUUUAUCAUUAGAGUUGAUUCGUGGUGUACGUAUCCACGCUGAGAAGCUCAUUGAAGGUUUAUCACAAGGUGACCUCUUGAGAGCUCAACUCGGUCUCGGUCACUCUUACUCAAGAGCCAAGGUUAAGUUCAACGUUAACAGAUCAGACAACAUGAUCAUACAAGCUAUCGCACUCGUUGAUCAACUCGACAAGGAUGUUAACACUUUCUCAAUGAGAGCACGUGAAUGGUACGGUUGGCACUUCCCAGAAUUAGUCAAGAUUGUUCCAGACAACCAUCAAUAUGCUCUCUGUGCAAGAUUGAUUGGUGACAAGUCAACUCUCACCGAAGAAAAAAUUCCUCAAUUGAUGGAAAUUAUCGAUGAUGAUGAAACACGCGCUAGAAACGUUAUUGACGCUUCAAGAUCUUCAAUGGGUACAGAUAUCUCACCAGUCGAUUUAAUCAACAUCAAGAACUUUGCUGACAGAGUCGUUGGUUUAUCUCAAUACAGAAAGAACUUACACGCUUACUUAUUGGAAAAGAUGAACCUCGUAGCACCAAACUUAUCAGCAUUGAUUGGUGAAUUUGUCGGUGCGAGAUUAAUCUCACAUGCUGGUUCUUUGACAAACUUAUCAAAAUAUCCUGCAUCAACCGUUCAAAUUUUAGGUGCUGAAAAGGCUUUAUUCAGAGCUCUCAAAACUAAAGGUAACACACCAAAGUACGGUCUCUUGUACCACGCUUCAGCUAUCGGUAGAGCUGCACCAAAGAACAAGGGUAGAAUUUCAAGAUUUUUAGCAAACAAAGUUACAAUUGCCUCAAGAAUUGAUUGCUUUAGUGAUGCUCCAACAACUAAAUUUGGUGAAGCUCUCAAGAACCAAGUUGAAGAAAGAUUACAAUUCUACGAAACUGGUCAAGCUCCAUCAAAGAACGUUGAUGUUAUGAGAAAGGCAUUAGAUGCUAUUGCAGCAGACAUGGAUCUCGAAGAUGAAGAUGCAAGCGAUGAUGAAAAGAUGGACGAGGAUAAGCCAAAACUUUCAGAAGAGGAAAAGAAAGCUGCUGAAAAGGCCGCAAAGAAGGCUGCCAAGGCCGCUAAGAAGGAAAAGAAGGAGGAACCUGAAGAAAAGGAAGAAAAGAAGAAAGACAAGAAAGACAAAAAGAAGAGAAAAUCAGAAGUAGCUGAGGAAUCUGCAGAAACUCCUGCUGAAUCUCCAGAGAAGAAGGACAAAAAGAAGCGUAAGAGUGAAGGUGGUGAAACAAAGGAAGAAAAGAAAGCUCGUAAACGAGCUAGCAAAGGAGGUGCUGAGUAAAAAAAACUUAUUAGAGUACAUGUAUUUUUAUUAUAUUCAUUUCAUUCUUAUUUAAUUAAACUUUA